GCAGCGACCACGACGUACUACAAAAAAAUCUUCUCUGCUGCAUUUAGAACAGUUUUCGACGGGAGCUGUGGAAAUUCACAACGAAUCGCGCGCGCUAAAGAUCGGAGAAUCACGCAAAAAAAAAAUAUAUAUAUAUAUAUACAUACAUAUAUCGCACCCUCUCAACGUCAUAUAGACAAGUGCCACUGUUCUAUGUUACGCUGUAUCUGUGUCUAUAUCUGUGUAUAUGUAGCUGAAUGUGUAUUUGUGUGCUGUGCAAAAAAUAGAACAUUAUCUAAAUGAACUACAUGCAGCUGUAGCCGUAGCCGUAGCCAUAGCCGUAGCUGUAGCUGCUGCUGCUGUACCGUGUACUUGUAGGUAUUGCAGCUAUUUCCUUCUGACAUUGCUAUGUGAUCUAUAAGUCGCGCCACGCCCACCAACUUUAUCAGAGUGAGAUGUCGCCGGCAUGGCUGCCAUAAAUCCAUCAACGCACUGAAUAAAUCACACAGCGCCCGAGCGAGCGACAGUAAUUAAGAGACCCAUGAGUACAUACACAUGUCUAUUUUGGGGAAGUGUAUUUCCGUUACAUUGCAAGGUGAUCAUCGACAAUCAGCAUCCGAUUCCGAUUCCGAUUCCGACUCGGAUUCCUGUUCCCGAUUCUGAUCGCAGAGCACUUCAAAGUCGCCGCGUCUGAGCGCACACAUGUUGCUGGCGAUCAAGUUGAGCCAGCGGCAACUGUUGUUAUUUCCAUCAUAAAUUAGAAAAAAAUCUAGACGAGAGAUCACUGAUCUGUGCGAGGGUGGCAAGAGAGACAGAUAAACACAGAGAGUGAGAGAGAGUGAGAGUGAGCCAUCUCUCAGCUAAAGUGGAUUUCCGGUGAAUACAGCAGCAACAAGAAGCAUCAACAACACUCGCUACACAGAGUUGUUGCAUUGAAGUCAACUCAACCCCAUUUGGAGUCAAGGAGCGAGUGGGGGAGUCGCAGUUACCAAAACCAUUAAUAUAUACCUUCUUCUCUGCAUUGAUGUCUGUCAGUUGCUGGCGACGCGUUGCCAGCAUUAGAAGCAGCCAAAGCAUGUCCAUCAGCCUGAUCUGCCUCCUGCUGCUGUGCAGCUCGCUUGCGACGGCGCGGCGAGCGCCUGCAGCCAGCUCGCAGGAGCUGAGCAGGGACUAUGAUGUGCCGCAGGGCAAUGUGAACAACGACACGGCGCGCACACAGAGCAAUGUCAAUGCAGAGGAGGACGAGGAUGCGGAUGAGGACGAGAAGGUGGGCACGAGUGGCUCGAGCACCGGCUCAGCUGCCAGCCCGGAUGGCAAACAGCAGUUCGCGCCGCGCUUCAAGAACCCCAAGAAGAUGAGCACCCUUUACCCGCUGCCCUCGGGCUCAACGCUCUCGCUGAGCUGCCAGGCCGUGGGCAAUCCGGAGCCGAACAUCACGUGGUACAGGAACGACAGCAACGACCUGACGCGCACCUACGGCAACUACCGCAAGACCAAGUGGCACAUCAUUAUGGAGGACUUGGUGCCCGAGGACUCGGGUCGGUACACGUGCGUGGUGUGCAAUCCCCUGGGCUGUCUCACCCACGUGAUGAACGUGAUGGUCAGGGACCGGGUGAACCACAAGCCCAUCCUGCUCAAGGGGCCCGCAAAUCUCACGCUCCUGAUCAACAAGAGCGGCCACAUGGAGUGCGAGUAUCUAUCGGACCUGACUAGCCGCAAGGCCUGGCUUUUCCAGCCCUGCAAGAGCGUGAACGACUGCUCCAAGAACCGCACGGUCCUGGCCGAGGACGUGGACAAGCUGAACUUCGUGAACGUGACGCAGGAGGMGGAGGGCUGGUACACCUGCGUCGAGAGCAACAGCCUGGGCCAGUCCACGAGCCAAGCCUACUUGCGGGUAGUGCGCAGUCUGCAGCUGCUAGAGGCGAACCUGGGCAGCGCGCUGACCGACAACCACAUGCUGGCCGUGUUCAUCUCGGUGACCCUGAUGCUGAUCAUAAUUUGCAUCAUCUUUGUGGCCUAUGCGGUGCGGAAGAUGAAGCACGAGAAGCUGCUCAAGCAGCGCAUCGAGACGGUGCAUCAGUGGACCAAGAAGGUGAUCAUCUACAAGCCGGCUAGCGGAGGCGACUCGAGCGGCUCCAUGGACACCAUGAUAAUGCCAGUGGUGCGCAUAGAGAAGCAGCGCACCACCGUGCUCCAAAGCGGCAACGAGCCGGCGCCCUUCAACGAGUACGAGUUCCCGCUGGACUCCAAUUGGGAGCUACCGCGCAGCCAGCUGGUGCUGGGCGCGACGCUGGGAGAGGGCGCCUUCGGCCGCGUGGUAAUGGCCGAGGUGAACAACGCCAUUGUGGCCGUAAAGAUGGUGAAGGAGGGCCACACGGACGACGACAUCGCCAGCCUGGUGCGCGAAAUGGAGGUCAUGAAGAUCAUCGGCCGGCACAUCAAUAUAAUCAAUCUGCUCGGCUGCUGCAGCCAGAACGGCCCGCUCUACGUGAUCGUCGAGUACGCCCCGCAUGGCAACCUGAAGGACUUCCUGUACAAGAACCGGCCCCUGAGCAAAGAGCAGCUGGAGAGCGGACAGCCUGCACCGCCUCCGCCGCAACAUGUGAUCACCGAGAAGGAUCUGGUCAAGUUUGCCCAUCAGAUAGCUCGGGGCAUGGACUACCUGGCCUCGCGUCGCUGCAUUCAUCGCGAUCUGGCGGCGCGCAACGUGCUGGUCAGUGAUGACUACGUGCUCAAGAUUGCGGACUUCGGACUGGCGCGAGACAUACAGAGCACGGACUACUACCGGAAGAACACAAACGGGCGCUUGCCCAUCAAGUGGAUGGCUCCCGAGUCGCUGCAGGAGAAGUUCUACGACUCGCAGAGCGACGUCUGGUCGUACGGCAUUCUGCUGUGGGAGAUCAUGACAUUCGGAGCCCAGCCGUACCCGGCCAUCAUGUCCGCCGAGGAGCUCUACAGCUACCUAAUGUCGGGGCAGCGCAUGGAGAAGCCGGCGAAAUGCUCGAUGAACAUUUAUAUCCUGAUGCGGCAGUGCUGGCACUUCGAUGCCAGUGCCCGGCCGCCCUUCACGGAGAUCGUCGAGUACAUGGACAAGCUGCUGCAAGCCAAGGAGGACUACCUCGACCUGGAUGUGGCCAAUUUGGAGACACCGCCCUCGACCAGUGAUGAGGAGGAGGAGGAMGCUUCCGACAUGGAGCAAUCGCGGUACCACUACUAGCCGCGAGCUAACGACUUCCGAUCGAUCCAUCGACCGAGUGAUCUACAUAACUGUAUAUACUGAGCUCUCCUGGGGCUACCUAUGAUAAGUCUGUAGAAUUUUACUGCACCAAAGGCGUAAACCAAAAAAUAUUAUAUCUGUAUAAGUCUACAAAAAUUUCUAUAUAUACCUAUUUUUUUUAUAAGGAUUAAGU